AUGCCUGUGAUUGUACUGGAGGCCCGAGACUUCAGCAGUCCGCUGUUUAUUGUGCGAACAUUGGAAGUUCUGUCCUGCUGCACCGUCUUCAGCCUCGUGGCCUCCAUGUCUGAAGACCUGAACCCUUCCAACUUCAGCACAUUCAGGGUCUUCUGCAUGUUCACCUGGUGUUUCUUCUUCGUGGUCACACUAUUUAUUCACCUUCUCAACACUAUCCAGUUCCACAACUUGAUCCGAAUAUCCUGGAAGAACCUGACGAUGACGGUGGCGGUGAUGGGCGCACUGAUGAGCUUCAGUUCCUCCGCYGUUUUCCCGUGGAUGGUCAUGGAUCAUCAGAAAGUGUCAGCCCGUGCUGUAGCAGCUGCAGUGAUCUCAGGCCUCACCACCCUGGCCUACGCCUCAGAGUUCUUCGUGCUSCGUUGCCAAGCGGACGAACAAAAAGGCUACAUGGGGAGCACACCUGGCCUCUUGAAGAUUCUCCAGCUGUGGGGAGGUGUUCAGAUGAUCCCUCUGGUUGUGUUUAUCCUCCGGCUGUCCAGCGGAUUACAUCAUUGGCAGCUCUGGUUGUCGUGUACCUCAUACGGCGUUUGUGUCCUGAUGUCUCUUGUCACYCUGGUUGUAAUACUCGGUGACUUCGCGGGGCGAUGCCUCCUGCCUUUUGACAAGUUUUUAGCGUGCUUCAGCCUAAUCGGGGUGCUGCUGUACAUGACUGCUACAGUGAUUUGUUUAACUAAGAUUCUGCAGCUAAACGGACAAAAGAACAGCCAAACUGAUUUAGUGAUCAUGGAAACUGUGGUUUCCAGUGUUACGCUGUUAGCGUACACAGUGGACCUUGCCUUCGCCAUCAAACUGUUGUGUGACAGAAGUCACAUGUGA